UCCGAGUGGAAGGCGUUCAAGAGCGAGAACCCGGCGCAGUACGCGCGGCUCGUGGUGCAGCGCAACCGCUGCGCGUCGGCGCUGCUGCUCAUCGUCAUCUACUGCGGCGUGGGCGGGCUCGUCUUCCGCUUCACCGAGGGCGCCUUCGAGGCGUUCUACAAGUGCGGCGUGAAGCGCGUCAAGCGCAACUUCGUCGACGACCUGUGGCUGAGCAGCCACCACCUGCGCGAGGAGGACUGGAAGUCGCAGGCGCGCAGGCGGCUCAUGGAGUUCGAGAACCAGCUUCACACGGCGCACGAGGCCGGCGUCACCUCGUACAGCGGCCAGCGCUCCUGGAGCUUUCUCAACGCCGUCGUCUACUGCAUCACCGUCGUCACCACCAUC